CUAGCAGUGGUGCUUGGAGUCACUCUUCCGUCAUGUUCCAAAAGUGGCUAUUCGUAGUUCUUGCUCCCCAGGCAGUCCUACUCCAUUCCAUACAGUUUGGAGUAAUGCACAACACUGCGGUGCCUAUUUUCGAAGCAGAAGUAUACUCCAAUAGGUCUGGGGAUGUGGAUGUGGUUUUCAAACAAAAGGGUGAUUUUAUCUUCUAUAUUAACCUGAUUUUGAUCAUGGACGAGAGCCAAGUAGAGUGGAAUGGUGGUGCCUCCAUUGUCAAUGGCGGAAUUGGAUGCAACUUUACGACCCUGAGGUUGCUAAACAUCCAACCGAAGGUGUCAAGAGUGUCAGUACUUAUUUAUGGGAUACCCAGGUUUCCAGUGGUAUCCAUCAUCCGGCAGGUCGCUGCGUAUUAGCGGCGAUAUCCACGCCAAGUGCAUGCGGUUGCCAAAUACGCUUCUAAGGUUUUGGCGGACUCCUCGAUCGU